CAGGACAGCGUGGACGUAAACAGCCUGAGCACCUUUUCACAGAGCUCAGCUUGGUUUUCUUGGUCUCCGGGUUUGUUUCUUUUGUUUUCACGGUCAGCAUGGCUUGGACAAAAUACCAGCUGUUCCUCGCGGGACUCAUGCUCACAACUGGCUCCAUCAAUACAUUGUCGGCUAAAUGGGCUGACAUGUUUACAGCAAGGGGUUGCCAUGAUGACCCUGAACAUACGUUCUCGCACCCAUUUGUUCAGGCAGUGGGGAUGUUUCUGGGAGAGUUCAGCUGUCUUGCAGUCUUCUACAUCUUGCUUUGCCAUGACAGACGUAGUCCAGAACCCAAGAUGAACACCGGCCAGAGCUUCAAUCCUCUCCUUUUCUUCCCUCCUGCCAUGUGUGACAUGACAGCUACCUCCAUUAUGUAUGUUGCACUCAACAUGACAAGUGCCUCCAGCUUCCAGAUGCUUCGUGGAGCUGUCAUCAUCUUCACUGGUCUUCUUUCAGUGGCUUUUCUGGGCCGUCGCUUGGCACUCAAUCAGUGGCUCGGCAUCAUGAUAACCAUCCUGGGCCUGGUGAUAGUGGGCCUUGCCGACUUCGUUAGUGGACACAAAGAUGACUCACACAAACUAAGCGACGUCCUCACUGGAGACCUUCUGAUCAUCAUGGCUCAAGUCAUUGUUUCAGUGCAGAUGGUCUUGGAGGAAAAGUUUGUCUAUAAACAUGAUGUCCAUCCUCUUCGGGCAGUCGGAACUGAAGGUUUCUUUGGUUUCGUCGUCCUAACGCUGCUGCUGAUCCCCAUGUACUUCAUCCAUGUUGGAAACUUCAGUGACAAUCCUCGGCAUGUCCUUGAGGAUGCGCUAGAUGCCUUCUGUCAGAUCGGACACCAGCCACUUAUUGUGUUGGCUCUGCUGGGCAACACAGUCAGCAUCGCCUUCUUCAACUUCGCUGGGAUCAGCGUCACUAAAGAGAUCAGCGCCACCACCCGUAUGGUGCUGGACAGCCUGCGUACACUGGUCAUCUGGGCAGUGAGUCUGGCGUUGGGUUGGGAAGACUUCCACGGCCUGCAGGUCCUGGGCUUCUUGGUGUUGCUUCUGGGUACAUCGGUCUACAAUGGACUGCACCGCCCCCUGUUGGCCAGGAUACCAUGCUGCGCUUGGAUGGUGACUGUAGAUGAGGAGGGCAGCCCUGAAGAAACAGAGAGACUUUUUGGUGAGGGCAGGGUGGAGGCCAAUGGAGACCACUAGAACUUCCACAUAGACAGCUUCCCACUGUAACAGACUGCCUUUCAAUGGCACUGCACCUUUCAAGGAUGCUGUCAGUUAUCUGUUAGUCACUUUUUAAUCAACACCUCAGAUUUUAACUGACCUCUCAUAAUAUUGUAAAAUGUGGAAGUGUGAAAACUUUUGGGGGAAAUUUGCUUAUUUGCUUUCUUGCCAGGAGUUAGGUGAGGUGAUUAAUACCACUGUCAUAUAUGUACACUAAAUAUGAAGCUGGAGAUUGUUAGCUUAGCUGGGCACAAAGACUGGAAACAACACAAAGCAGCUACGCUGGAUUUGUCCAAAUGUAACUAAAUCUGAGGAACUCUCAACAAUAUAACCAGCAUGAAACCACAAUGUGUUGUUUUAACACUUUUAGUUGGACGAAAAUAAACAAGACAUAGUUUAAUAGUAAUUUGUAAAUUUUAGAGGUGCUAGUAGGCAGAUCUUGUUUUCUGACAAGCUAGCUGUUUCCCUAUACCCAGUUUUAUGCUAAGCUAAGUAAAAUUGCUGGUUCUAUCUACACACUGUAUUUACUGGACAGACAUGAGUGUUAUUAAUCUUUGUAAGCUUAUAUCCCAAAAUGUCAGAACUUUUAAGAAAAGGAUGAUUAGAAGGGCGGCUGGGAGGACAGGUUUUUACGGGAUUUCUUUAAUUUAAAGAUGAUUUUUUAAUUUUAUUUUUAGUCAUUCUGAAUCAAUACAAAAACACUUUCUUCAAGAGAUGGACCAUUGUCACAUUGUUUCUAGUAAUUAUUUGAAUAUUUGUUUAAGUGAUUCUUUAUGCAUCUUUUUUCGUUGUGAUCUUAAGGAUAAUGGUACCAAGUGUGCAGUUUAUUUGAUUGUGCCAAAAUGUUUGUGCACUGAAUUUACUUGCUGGUCUUUGCACUACAGUGGUAUUUAACAUUUCUUUGGUAAGAAAAAAAAUGUUUUUAAAGAAAUAUCUGUAUAUUUGCUCUCUGUCCCACAAUUGCAUUUGUAAAGAUGGACAUGUAUCAACAGGUCAAAGCUCUACACCACGUGAUUUGCACUUGUUUUUGUAAAUCCUACUUUUUUUGCUCUGUUCGGUUAUCCAAACCGUUGACGUUAAUGUACAGUAAGAAAAAGGGAACUACUGCUACUAUCAAAAAACAACAUAAAUGGGAUAAAUGUCAAAUAUUCUCUGACUGUAAUGGUGUGAAGAUCUACUGCUUCUGUUUUUUGUAAUAAUGAGAAUUGUGUUUUGACAAUUGGCCAAAUUGACACAUUUUAAAAUGUCACCAGUUUUAAAGUUUUUGUAUAUUGUACAGACCAAACAGUUACUUAGAAACAAUCAACAGAUCAAUCAGUAAAGAAAAUGACCUUAACUUGCA